UGUCUUCGUUUUGCAGGAUAUUUUGUGUGACAAUUGAAGAAGCUCGGUGAUCGUUUUCUAGUGAUGCUCAGGAACGUAGUUUGUGAGGCAAUGUGACGAGAAUGGCUGCUGCUCAAUCACGAUCACGAACCAUUUCGUAGUAUGCAAAGCGUGGUGCGCAGCGGCGGUGGGCCGAAUGCAUCCCAGUCUACUGGCCCGGGCCAGGAUUCCCCGGUGCACAUGAGUCUGGCCCAGCAACAGGGGUUCUACCAGCAGCAACAGCAGCGAGCGCACCAGGCUUACCUGCAGCGCGACGUUGCGCCAUCUGUGGCACCAGCGAAGCGAGUGGCGCUGGGUGACAGUGGUGGUGGUGGUGGUGGUGGUGCUGUUGCCAGUGGUGGUGCACAGGCUUCUGCUGUUGCUGCUUACCGGUUCCAGCCGACGGGGAAUCAUGUGCCCCAAGGGUUGUCAGCUGCUUAUGCGGCGUCUGUGGCGUCGCAAAGAGGUAGUGGUGGUGGUGGUGGCGGCGGUGGUCCUCCACCUCAAGAGCCACCGAGAUACCUGGCGAGUCAUGUUGAUGGACGGAUGGCAAUGAGUGGUGGUGGUGGUGGAGGUGGGCAGGAUACCAGAAGAAGACCAUCUCUGCUGCACCCCACUGGAGGUAGUCUGGACUAUGGCCAACAAUCCUCACCAUCUGGCACACCUGUCAGCACUGCCAGCUUACCAGCAGGUUACGUUGGCAACGCGGCGUCGACGGCGUAUCGGAGCGGCGCUUCGGGCGGCGGCGCCGGUGGCGUCUCAGCCGCCGGGAUACCCCAAAGAAUGCUACCAUUUCGCGGCCACGACCCGAGACACGAGUCCAUGCGUGCUGCAAGGUGAGCCAUAAAAAGUCG